CUCGUCCUCACGGGAACCAAAUAAGGAAAUGACGUGGUGCAUGUGCAGAUGGACUCAAAUAGAAAAUAGAAAGAGUGACACCGGGACCGGGUCUGUGAGAGGUAGAGGAGGGACCUGGCGCUGACUUCAGACGAGGAUGGGAGACAUAGCAGAAAAUGAGACAAGCUUCUACUCUAAUGCGGAGGGCUACUGGAAGGAGGUUCCCCCCACAGUGGACGGCAUGCUGGGAGGCUACGGCAGCAUCUCCAGCAUUGAUAUCAAUGGAUCCAAGGCUUUCCUGCAGAAGUUCCUCGGUGAGGGAGAGGGGAAGACGGGCACGAGCUGUGCUCUGGACUGUGGAGCAGGCAUCGGGAGGAUCACCAAACGUUUACUUCUGCCUCUGUUCAACACCGUGGACCUGGUGGACGUGACGCAGGAGUUCCUGGACAAAGCCAAGACGUACCUGGGAGAUGAGGGCAAGAGAGUGGGGAAGUACAUCUGCAACGGUCUGCAGGACUUUGUACCAGAGACCGGCCGCUAUGAUGUCAUCUGGAUCCAGUGGGUCAUUGGCCACCUGACAGACGACCACCUGGUGGAGUUCCUGCGACGCUGCCAGAAAGCCCUGCGGCCCAACGGCCUCGUCGUGGUCAAGGACAAUGUGUCGUACGAGGGCGUGGUCCCCGACGAGGUGGACAGCAGCGUCUGCCGCGACCUGGAAAUAGUGCACAGUCUGGUGGGCAGAGCGGGCCUCCGCAUCGUCUACGAGGAGCAACAAAUGAACUUCCCAAAGGAGAUCUACCAAGUCCAUAUGCUGGCUCUCAGAUAGAGGACUGUCCCUCCUGCGUGGGACAGGAAGAAGGGCCGCUCUUGUAUACAAAGUAUUUCUAAUGUGGAAAUGGUAUUUUUCUAGUCAGCCGUCCGUUUAUUAUCUGUUUGGAAGGGAUCUGCAGUGUGGUGUGUUUGUGUGUGUGAGUGUGUGUUGCUAACUUUUCUGAGCUACCAGGCCACAUUACACCUCUGUCUUACCAAUAGUUGCUCUGUCUCACACUCAGGAUGGACAAAUUCUGGCCUGUGUGUCCUGAGUCAGUGUGGUCUCCAGCGGGAUCGCAGGUCAGAGUUCACCUUUGGCUGUGUCGGCCAAUAGAAACCCUGAUGGAGAGUCAUUGUUUUAACGCCCCACUCUAACGUACUGUCAUCAGUUGGCUCAAUACUUAUUUAUUACUAAUGCAGCUGAAGGCGUGGGGAGUUUCACUGACCAGAGGGCUAAUGUGACCUUCACCUUACUGGAAGCGUUCCAGAUGUGCAGCAACAGACACAUUUCCAUUAUUGUUUCAUAGACAUUUUGGAUGUUUUACAGCUGAUUGGAAACAUGUUUGCAGGUCAUUUUCUAAACAAUGUGGAAACUUUGUGGCUGUAUUUUACUGCUUUUACGGGCUAUCUGUUCAUAUGGAGUCUGAUUUGAUACUUCUAUUUACAUAAAUGUUGAUUAAAUGUAUCUGACACAUUGGAAUAA